AAGGGAUUCUUUUUAGUUUUUCCUUUCUUUUUUUGCAGACAUGGGGACUCCAUAUUUUCUGCUCUGUUUUGCCAUUCUGAAGGUAUCUGUCAUUGGAUGCCCAAUAGGCCGUGAGUUCAUCACUGCUUUCAUGCCUAAUUACGAGCCUAAUAGCGGUCAAACUAAACUCACACUCGCUAUCACAGCCCAGGACUCUGUAGCCAUUGUCACAGUGGAGGUGAAAGGUCUCCGAUACAAAGAUUCAUUGAGGAUAGAGAAACAGGCUACAAAAUGGAUCACCAUCCCAGAGAAUACUGAGAUCAGUGAAGAUGGAACUUCAGCCAGAACGGUGCUGGUUACAUCUGACGCAGACAUCAUAGUGGUGUCCUCCAACAUCAAACCGUUCACUGGGGACAGCAGUGUGAUAUUCCCCACAAGCCAACUUGGCAAGAGUUACAUAGUCUUCACCCCAGAUGGAGGACCCAUGCAAAAAAUUGUGGCCAUUGUUAAUGGCAAGGAUGCCAACACAGUUGACAUCCUGCCAUAUUCAGAUACAAUGCUUAAAAGCAAGAAGCAACUGAAACGUGGUGUCAAAACAACUGUGAGCUUGGCUCCCUACGAAGUCUAUUUGCUUCGGAGUGAGGGGACCUUAACGGGGACCAGGAUUGAGUCCAAGGUCCCCACGGCCGUGCUUACGGGGCACCAGUGCCUCAGCAUCGUCAAUACCUGUGAGCAUGUCUACGAGCAAGUGGUGCCAAUACAGUCACUCUCGAAUGAGUACCUGGUUCCAGCCAUGCACUUACCCAACAGCAAGGACACUGCCCAUGUGGUCGCAGUUGAGGAUGAAACGGAUGUGACUGUCCAAGGCCUUCUUACGCAGCACAAAAAGCUCCAUGCUGGAGAGCUUCUGGACAUUGCAAUUCAACUGCCAACUAUUAUUCAAAGUAACAAGAUGAUCAUGGUUAUGUAUACCAGUAGCAAUAUCCCCUUUGAUGAAUUUUUGACUAACGUAAUUCCCACAUCAGGGAUGUCAAAAUCAUGGUCCAUUUAUUCACAAGAUGAUUACCAGAAUUUCGCAGUCAUUGUCUCAGAGGCAGAGUCCAGGGGAUCUGUUUUUGACUUGCUGAAUUUGAACGUUUUUCCUGCAAACAAGAAGUACACAUGGGCUAUUAAACCAAUUGGAAGUCAAAAAGGCCCUAUGACCAUAUCUGGGGAUUUGCCGAAGGCUGUGUAUGUUUAUGGUGGGAAAACGAGGCAUGGGUAUGGCACAACAGCAGUGUGCAAUGCCGCUCCUGUGCAUCCAGGACCCCCACCUGAUCCAUGUGCAAACAUCAAGUGUCGUGAGAGAGAGGAGUGUAGAAAUGGCAUGUGUGUCCACACAGGGUCUGCCACCUGUUGGGCCGUUGGAGAUCCCCAUUACAAAACAUUUGACGGGAAGCGAUUCGAUUUCCAGGGCACGUGCACCUACACUUUGUCCACCACAACAAAAACUGAGCAGGGCCUCGUCCCCUUCACCAUUCUGGCCAAGAAUAAUCACAGAGGGAGCAAUAAGGUGGCCUAUGUAAAGACAGUGUCCGUCACUGUGUAUGGUCAUAAGAUAGCUGCCAGCCAGCAAAAAGGUGUUGUUGAGGUGGAUGGUGAAAUCACUCACUUGCCUAUAACCAUAGCUGAAGGAAAAAUCCAGGCUGUGCAAAGGGGGUGGAACGUGUUAAUAACGACGAACUUUGGACUAGAGGUGAAAUAUGACUGGAACAUGAUGCUCUACAUUACAGUGCCUAGUACAUAUUCUGGCUCACUAGGUGGGCUUUGUGGAAACUACAAUGGUGACUGGGAAGAUGAGCAUUUAGACCCCAAAGGAGGAAAACUCUCCACUAUCCUGGAGUUUGCCAAGAGCUGGAAAGUUCAAGACAUUGACUUGUUCUGUCAUGAUGACUGUGAGGGAAAAUGCCUCAGCUGCCCUGCUGAACUUCAAGAGAAAUACAUGCAAGAUGAGCAUUGUGGUCUUAUGGCAAAAGCAAGUGGGCCAUUUGCUGCCUGUCACAAGAUUAUGGAGCCUAGCAUCUAUGCUGAUAACUGUGUGUAUGAUGUGUGCAUCAAUAAAGGCAUCAGAAGGUUCCUUUGUGAUAACAUGCAGAGUUAUGCUGAAGCUUGUAUGGCAGCUGGAGUGAAGAUUGAAACAAACUGGAGGGUUCUGGCUGAUUGCCCAAUGCAGUGCCCAGAAAACAGUCAUUAUGAGCCCUGUGGAACAGCCUGUGCUGCAUCUUGCACUGAUCGGGAGGCACCGUCAAAAUGUAAACAGCCUUGUUUGGAGGCCUGCCAGUGCAAUAGUGGCUUUCUCCUCAGUGGAGAUAAAUGCGUGCCAGUGAAGCAGUGUGGCUGCAUGUAUGAGGGCCGUUAUUACACCCCUGAUAGCACAUUCUGGGCUGACAAGAUGUGCACUAAAAAAUGCUCCUGCAGUCCAGAGAGCGGACAGGUGAAGUGUACUGCCACAAAGUGCAAGGAAUCUGAAGUGUGUGACACACGCAAUGGCGUGAGAGAUUGCUACCCCCUGUCUUAUGGGACCUGCCAGGGUUCUGGGGAUCCCCACUAUCGAACCUUUGAUGGCAAGGCUUUCGACUUCCAGGGUACCUGCACCUAUUACCUCUCCAAACUGGUUGACCUAUCUGACUCAUCACUGGUGCCCUUUGAGGUCCUUGUCAAGAAUGAAAACAGGGGCAUGAACAAAGCAGUUUCUUACACCAAGACUGUAGAGAUAAAAGUUUUUGGAUACAAUAUUAUCAUGAGUAAAGACAGUUAUGGCAAAGUGAUGGUCAACAACCUGUUUGUGAAUUUACCAUAUGAGAAGGAGGAUGGUGGCCUAUCUGUUUUCCGCAGUGGAUACUAUGGAAUGGUUCAAACAAAAUUUGGCAUGACUGUGAAAUUUAACUGGGACAGCCAUGUGUCAAUUACUCUCCCUAGUACCUACGGUAAAAUGGUAGGAGGGCUAUGUGGAAAUUGGAACAGCAACCCAAGUGACGACAUGUUCAUGCCCAAUAAAAGUAUCACAACAAACCCGUCAGUGUUUGGAAGCAGCUGGAAAGCCAGAAAUGACCCAGGUUGCUCAGAAGUGUGCCAGGGCAUGAAGUGUCCCAAAUGCGACAUUGCUGAGCGAAACAAGGAUGUUUUCACAAAGGCAUGUGGUUUCAUUACUGACAAAAAUGGUCCAUUUAAAGGAUGCCAUGGGAAAGUCAGCCCCACACAGUUCUAUGAAGACUGCCUGUAUGACAUGUGCAUGUAUGGUGGGCAUUCUACAGCCCUCUGCAAUAUCCUUACAGUCUACACUGCUGCAUGCCAAACCGCACUCACCAUUGUGGAGAACUGGAGAAGUGAUAGUUUCUGCCCUUCCACCUGCAAGGCUAAUAGCCACUACGAUGUGUGUGCUGCCGGCUGUCCCCAGACUUGCAGUGACCUCUCUGAGCCUGCAGCCUGCCAGGGCAGCCAUUGCAUGGAAGGCUGUGUGUGCGAUGAGGGCUUCAUCCUGAGUGGCAGCGAGUGCGUAGCCAUGGAGCAGUGUGGCUGCAUGCAUGAAAGCCAGUACUACCAUCUGGGUCAGGUCUUCUACCCGAAAGACAAGUGCAAUCACAGGUGCAUUUGUGGAGAGCAGGGAAGGGUCAAUUGUGAAGACAACUUCUCCUGCAGUCCACAUGAAAAGUGCGACGUCCAGGGAGGAGUUCAGGCCUGCUUCCCUGAUGGCAAAGGAUCUUGCUCAGUGUCUGGCUCCGGAACUUACUACUCCUAUGAUGGGAACCACAUCACUGUGCCUGGAGACUGUGUGUACAGAUUGGUAGAAGUGGUCCUGUCUAAAGACCAGAAGAAAGUGCCUUUCAGUGUGACAGUACAGUCUUCAGCUAAAGAAACAGUGGUCACAAGGAGAAUUGAUGUAGUAGUAGCUGAAUAUCACAUUUCACUGCUUCCUGGUCUCUUGUGGGAAAUAAGGGUGGACAAGGUCAGAUCAGUUCUCCCUCUGACACUUGAGGAAGGACUAGUUAAAGCCUAUCAGAGUGGCGCCUUCAUUAUUUUGGAAACCAGCUUUGGGGUGAAGGUAACAUACGACACAGUGUCCAUGGCCACAGUUGAAAUCCCAUCCACUUACAAAAAUGGUGUCCAAGGUCUAUGCGGUAACUAUAAUGACGACAAAGCAGAUGACCUCCUUUUGCCAAAUGGCAUGCAGGCUCAUUCUGCUGAGCAAUUUGUGGAUGGAUGGACCUUGUCGCAGCAAGAUGUAGUCUGUCAAACAGGAUGUGGCUCCAAAUGCACAACACCUGACAAGGAAAAUCAAAUUAAGGCAGACAUUGCUUGCAAGAUCCUAACACUGGACAAGGGCCCAUUCUCUAACUGCUAUCCCAAAGUUUCCCCCAUGACAUUCUAUGAUGCCUGUACAAAGGAUUUCAGUUUGCACCCAGAAGAUCAGGCGCUUCCUUGUCGCUACAUCCAGAAUUAUGUGGCUCAGUGUCAGCAAGCUGGCAUCUCCAUCAACAGCUGGAGGAAUGCAACGUUUUGUUCAAUGAAGUGUCCUGCUAGGAGUCACUAUGAGGUAUGUGCAGACAUGUGCUCUUCUACCUGUGCCAGCCUUUCUGCCUCACACAGCUGUCCAGCAUGCCUCGAGGGUUGUCAGUGUGAUGAGGGCUUUGUGUUUGAUGGGGAUGACUGUAAGCCUCUAGAAGACUGUGGUUGUCUGGUGGAUGGCAGAUAUUACAAGUCUGGUGAGUCAGUAGUCAUGGGAGACUGCAUAGAGACAUGCUCCUGCAAGGCUGGACAGUUCACAUGCCAGCCCAUGCAAUGCAAUGAAGAUCAGGUCUGUGUCCAGAAGGAGGGCAUUUCUGCAUGUGUGAAUGACCCCUGCAGGAAGAAAAGAUGUCGUGAGAAAGAAGAGUGUGUGGAGAAGGACGCUAAGGCAUUGUGUGUGGCCAAAACCAAGGCCUCGUGCCGAGCCGUUGGUGAUCCUCACUAUGAGACGUUUGAUGGAAAACUAUUUUCUUUUCAGGGCAUCUGCUCCUAUACUUUGGUAAAGACUUUGGGUGAGGACAAAAGCCUCACAGACUUCAGUAUCAUUAAUAAGAAUGGGCUUGCCCAGGGAGAACGUGGCUCUUACAUUAUGUCAGCCAACAUCAAGCUGCAAGGCCACAAUAUAACCAUUAAGUUUGGUGACCGCUACAAAGUGAAUAUUGAUGGUAAAGACUCAAUCCUCCCUGUGAAUCUGGACUCUGGCAGUGUUACCAUUAUUCGGUCAGGCAUAUCAGGAAUCCUGAGUACAGACUUUGGCUUAGAGGUCACCUUUGAUUGGGGCCAGUACUUCCAGGUGACAGUAUCCAGCAGCUAUUUCAGAAACCUGGCGGGCCUGUGUGGCAACUACAAUGACAACGGCGAGGACGACUUUGUCACACCGGCGGGGAACCACGCACCAGACGUGAUUGAGUGGGCGGCAUCCUGGAGCGUUGCCGAUGGUGACCACAGCUGUUGGCACUUCCCUCCCUGCUCUGAACAGGAGAAGAUCCUCUACCGUGGCCCAAUGUAUUGUGGUGUGUUGGAAGACAAAUCAGGACCCUUCUCCAAGUGCCAUGACACAAUUGCGAUGGCGCAGUUUCCAUCCGACUGCCUGUUUUACGCAUGUCUCAUGCACGGAAGCCACAAGGCCUACUGCACAUCUCUGGAAAGUUACGUAAACACCUGCCAUUUGGCCCAACUGGAAGUGUUAUCAGAGUGGAGGCAGAUUACUAAAUGUACUUAUUGAAACGCUGCUCAGAGUUCUCCAGCAUUUUCAAUGACCUGACCAAGCAAAAUGAAAAGAAGAAAUAGAGUCUUAAUAUGUCAGCUUUCACUCUGAUAAAAAAUUAUUUCCUUAAUAACCUUUCAUCUUAUCAAGUGUAAACUCAUACAUUAUUUCAAUGAAUGAUUUAUACUAUCUCACUGUAGGAUUAAACGUCUGCUUUCUUGUUAAUAAAUGCAUGCAGCAACAAUCCA